AUGGCUAUAUCUCCUGUCACCCUGCCGGAAGUUUUUAUUUCUCAAGCCACGCUCAUUCACGUCAGCUUCCACAAGGAAAAGGCGGGAGAGCUCUGGGACGAAUGGGAGAGCUUGGAAGAUGACCACGUUGCCCACCGCGAGGGCGGUGUCGACCAAGGCGGUCUUUUCAUCAAGUUAGACGCCUGGGGCAGCGACAACGAAGAAUGGCGAACAUUUUUGGACUCGUACGGCCUAUCCCAAGAUGUCCAGGAUGCCAUCAUGGACCCCCUUUUGGACAACAUCCGCAUAAACGGCAUAUGCGCCGAAUGGGCGAAAGACACCAUUGAACAACGGUACUAUGGGCUCAAAUAUAUAUUGGAAGCGUCUCAGGAGCGCGAGGCUUCUUCUCAGCACUGGGCCUUGUCUGGAAGGGCUAUAUCUUAUUAA